AUGAAAGAGAAUCAAUAAGUAUGGAAUCCAAUUUCAACCACAGUCUAGUGUGUAAAUUCUGACUUAUAGUGUGAGAUACUUUCUCAUAUCUUUAGAAUGACUAUUUCCUGAACAUUACCACUAAAACUCAAAUUACAUAAAAUGUGGUCAACGAACACUAGAGGGCAGCAUCACGAUUACCUGUAGUGCCAGAGUCCAGAAGAAAAAGAAGAAGAAAAGCCGGAAGCAAAAAUAGGUAGACUGGCGAGCUGAGAUGUUUGUCAUUUUAUAGAAAUAAGUUUUUCUUUGCAUUUUAAUUAUCACCAUAAGCUGACCAGCAGCACAGCAGAGAUGGAGGCUUUUGGAGCAGACGAUAAUCCUGAUGUGGAGGGGGCAGUGGCAGCAGAAGCGGGUCCUGCUGGACACAGCGAGACUUCUGCCAAGCCCGUUUCGGUUUUGCUGGAAGAAGCAAUCCAGUUCAAAACUAAAGGAAAUGCUUUCUACAAGCAGAAAAACAUCCGCUCUGCCAUUGGUCAUUACCACCGCGCCCUGCUGGUGCUCCGAGGCCUCGACUCCACUGUGAUGGCACCAGUGAAAGGAUUUGGACCUGAGAAACCUCCUCUCUCACUGGAACAGGAGGCUUUACUUAGAAACACACAAGUUGACUGCUACAACAACCUAGCUGCCUGUUUGCUGCAGAAACAGAAGGUGGAUUCCACUCGGGUCCUGGAGUACAGCCUGCGGGUGCUGCAGUGGCAGCCAGGCAACGUCAAGGCGCUGUACAGGGCGGGGGUGGCCACUCUGGAGAUGGGAGACGCACAGACAGCCAAACAAUACCUCACCCAGGUCUGCAAAGAGCAACCAAAUGAUGCUAAUGUGAGGAAGCACCUGCAGAGGGCAGAGGAGAAGCUAAACCGGGAGCUGCAGAAAGAGAGAGCCAUGUAUCAGGGCAUGUUCUCCUCCAGCUCAAAGGACGGCACAGCGGAGAGGGUUAACCCGCCCAACAGAGCUGGUGACGGAGUUUAGACGGACUCUGUGCCAAACGAAACCUCAACCUCAGACAGGCUGGACCACCUGAGAGGAAAAUACACACUUGUUGAAAAGUAAUGCUGACAGGUUUUUGAGUUUGAAGGAGGAAUAGGAAUGUUAAGGUUUCUGCAGAUUACAGACCGCUGGGAAGCAGCGAGCAGGACAGUAAACAUGUCAUGGCUGAAAAUAGAAAGAAGAGGACAGAAGAGUUAGUUUCCUAGCAACAUGAAAAUGAAGAAAGUCAAGUAAUCUGUGCUCAUGAACGUCAAAGUGGCUCCUUAUGCACUACCAAAAUGCCUCUAUGAUUGUCUUUCAGUAAUAGGAAUGUUGGUUUUUGAGUUUUCCAGAAUUUUUUUUAUUUAAAAAUCUAGUUUGUUUUCUCUAAAUAAAAUGUACAUAUUUUAGACACA